AUGGCGCUGUUUUCUGCAGCGGCAAAAGGAGACGUCCAGAAGAUACAAUCAUUAAUCGACUCAGAAGACAAGUCCGAGGAUUCGAGAGGAGUUGAUGUAAACUGCUCGGAUGCAUCUGGCAAGACACCCCUUCACAUUGCUUCGGCAAACGGACAUUUGCAAACGGUUAAAUGCCUAACCAAUCAUGGAGCAAAGGUGAAUGUAAUCGAUGCUAACCUACAGACAUCGGUUCACUUAUGUUCAAAGAAAGGCCAUCUUCAUGUGGUAGAGCUGUUAGUGAACGAAGGAGCAGAUAUUAAAAUUGGCGACAAAGAUGGGUUUACAGCUCUUCACAUAGCAUCAUUCGAGGGUCAUGUUGACAUUGUCAAAUACCUUGUUAGUAAAGGGGCAGAGCUGGAGAGACUUGCUAAUGAUUAUUGGACACCUCUACACCUUGCAUUAAACGGUGGCCAUCUUGACAUUGCAGAGUACCUUUUGACAGAAGGAGCCAACAUUAACACGUGUGGUAAAGGUGGAUGUACAGCUCUACAUGCUGCAUCACAAACUGGUAAUAUUGAUGGAGUGAAAUAUCUAACUAGUCAAGGAGCAGAGCAAAAUAAGAUCACUGAGGAUGGUUGGACCGCGCUGAGUCUGGCUUCAUUUAGGGGACACCUUGACAUUGUCAAAGUUCUCGUUAACGAAGGGGUAGAGGUUGACAAAGCACUCAGGAACGGGAUGACACCCUUGUUUCUGGCAACAAAAAAAGGCCAUUUGGGUAUUGUCGAAGUCUUACUGAACGUAGGAGCAAAUAUUGAUAACUGUAAUCGAAACGGGCAAACAGCACUCCACAUCGCAUCGUCCAAUGGACACGUUGAAAUAGUUCAUCAUCUUGUUAGCAAAGGGGCACAGCCUGAAAAAUGUAACAACACCAACAUGACACCCUUGUCUUGUGCUUCUCAAAAGGCCAUCUUGAAGUCGUCGAGUGUAUCGUUAACAAAGGAGCAGGCAUUGAUAUCGUUGAUAAAAAUGGAUUAA